GUGGAGGCAUGACCUUCCUCCAUAACCAGGACGAAAUUGCUGUAAGGGCUGCCUCGAUAAAGAAAGAAGUGUUGGCAGAACUGAGGUUGCUGAGGCAAGUUGAACAUGAAGUUGAUGACGAACAAGAGCCUCUACAACCAUCUGAAGAUGAAGUAGAAGUGUCCUCAUCUAGUAGUGAAGAGACAAAUGUCACAGGGACGCCACCAGAUCUGGAUGAUCUUUUGGAUGUUGAAGAUCAGGCUGCUGAUGCAGGAAACGGUGAUCUAGCAGAUAAGAAUGAGAAUCUAAUAU